AUGGCGCUGUCUACUAAAGAAAUCAUAUUGGAAUAUGUCUGCCCCGCGAUGGGAGCGCUCAUUGGGAAUAUCAUGUUUGCAGCCCCGGUCCGCGAUUUGAAAGCUGCCAUUGACAAGGGUGAUCUGGGCACUUUGAACCCAACUCCAUGGGGAUUCAUGCUUGGAAAUUGCAUGGGAUGGUUGCUCUAUGGGGUUUUACUACAGAAUGUUUGGGUCUUUGUUGGGAACGGGCCUGGGUUGCUGGUUAGUAUAUGGCUGAAUUUGGGCGCAAUCAAGCUCCUGUACAAAGGACAUCAUGCGAAGGAAAAUCGUGACGCCACGAUUGCCUUCUUGGACAAGGAGCAACCUCGUGGCGGCAGUUCCUUGGAUUAUCCCAAAGCAGAAGCACAAGAUUGGGCCACCAUUCUUCUCAAAGUAUCGUCGCAGUCGACUCCUGCACCAACCCGCCACGAAAAUAUUGCCAUGUUCAUGUGCACCUUGUGGGUAAUUGUUGGGACCGUUCUAGCCUUUGUGGAUGCCAUGGAUUUGGACUCGAAAGCCUUGAUGGUGGGAAUUGUCACUAACUGCAUUCUCAUCUUCUUUUAUGGAGCUCCACUCUCCACCAUUUUUCAAGUGCUAAAGGAAAAGCACACGGCUUCCAUUCACAUUCCUACCAUGAUUUUAAACACGCUCAAUGGGAUCUUUUGGUUUGCCUAUGGGAUUGCUAUCAGCGAUUACUUCAUUGCCGGACCCAAUGGAUUGGGUUGUGCAUUUGGAGCGAUUCAAAUCUUUCUCUGCAUGACACUUCCACGAGGUCCAAGAAGUGCUGCUGCUCAAAGUGCCACGAUAUUACCAACUGUACCUGCUGAGACACCAAAGAUUGAACAAGCGGAGGCCAGUAGCAGCACUCUAAUCAAUUCGUAUCCGCUAGAUAUGGAAGACGGCACUGUGGCUGCAUCGGCAUAG